CCUAAAUAUGACUUCUAUGAACAUAAUAAAGGUACUGAAGAAAACUUGCAUGAAAUCUCCUAGCCGGCGUGGAUGUGUGACAUUGUUCUUCAUAAUUGGUCUUGCCUUGUACAUACUUGAUAUAUCAGUAGUAUCGCACGAAAUACAUUGGUGGAAUAACAGAAAUAUAUCAUUCAUUUUAAAUAACCUAAAACUAGCCAAUUCUGAUUAUGAAAAACAUAGUACAGCGUACUUACUGUACCGUAUUUUGAAAACCAGGAUUAAUGAUGUUUGUGCAUUUCCACCGGAUAGUCUCAAAAGUGGACAUUACAGACCGCCUAACUGUACACCUGUACAAAAAGUUGCCAUCAUUGUCCCAUACAGAGACAGACAAAAACAACUCCAAGUCUUUUUGAAUAACAUGAUACCAAAACUAAAGCGACAAAAAAUAGAGUUUACGAUAUAUGUUAUCGAGCAGAAAUCCGGUAAGCCGUUUAACAGAGGUAUGAUGGCAAAUAUCGGAUUCAAAGAGGCCAUGUCUGACAUGGAAUUUGACUGUAUAGUAUUUCAUGAUGUUGAUGUGUUACCCGAGGAUGACAGAAACUUCUACAUAUGUUCUGACAACCCAAUUCAUAUGUCAGUCAAGGUAGAGCAAUUUGGAUAUCGUUUGUUAUAUGAAAAGUUGGCAGGUGGAAUAAUCACAUUUUCAAAAGAACAGUUCCAGGAAAUAAACGGAUAUUCCAAUCAGUUCUUUGGAUGGGGAGGAGAAGAUGAUGACUUGUAUAGAAGGAUAAAAUUCAACAAAUAUGAAUUGAUUCGGCCGUUUGAAGAUUUUGGUAUAUGUGGCAGUGUUCGCCAUGAGCCUGCUGAAAAGAACAGUGAUAGAAGGAAAUUUUUGAAAUAUUCGCAUGAAGUGUGGAAAAAUGAUGGGUUAAGUAAUUUAAAGUACAGCUUGUUGCUAAAAGAAAAGAAACAGUUGUAUAGGUGGAUAUAUGUCAGCAUAUAAAUGAACAUAAAUAAUCUGAUUAUCUAGACUUCAUACCUCUAUCCUCCAUGGUAUCAUCGUAAAACAAAUAUAUGUAUAAGGGGAGCGAAAAUCAUUUGAUUAUAUUAAAACAUUGCAUUACAGAGCUGCUACAUGUGAAAUAUUGCUAAAAGAACCUCCGACCGAAAUAUGCUGGCUUUGAAUCGCCAAGCUGUCGAACAGUGAUAAG